UCGAGAGGCACGCGGAAACAGGUGAUCGACAGCAGCGUGUACCCUCUUGAAGCCUGUUGGUCAAAGUCCCAUCGCCGGGAAUCCCUGACCGAGAGCCUGAGAGGAGACAGGAGAGACAAGGUCCACACACACAAACAACAUCUUCGGAAUCCUGGCAGAUUGCCUGGGUCUGCUGCUGCUAGAUACUAUCAAUAUCAGCGAGCAGCCAAGCAUGAGCCCGACAUGCCCUCGUAAGCGCAGAGGCCGGCCGCACACGGGCGUACCGCCGCCCAACAGUGAGGCCCGCACUGCAGCAGUACCGGUUAGGAGGAGGCUUAGAACUGCUAUGGCGAAUUCCUUGGUGGCGUGCCUGGUAGCGGCUGCGCUGGCAGCCGAGAUGGCUGCCCUGCCCGCUGCGGAAGCCCGAGAUACCGCUACCAUGUCCGGCGGGUACCAGCACUCGUGCGUCGUGACGGCUGACUCUACCGUCAAGUGUUUCGGGUACAACAAGAACGGGGAGCUUGGCUUGGGCGACACAGAGACCCGCGGGGAUGAGUCUGGGGAAAUGGGGGACCUUCUCCCGGAAGUGGAUCUCGGCACCGGAGCUGUCGCUAUUGCUGUGUCGGCUGGUUGGCAGCAUACCUGCGCGCUGCUGGAAGGCGGGAUCGUCAAGUGCUGGGGUCGCAACGACUGGGGCCAGCUUGGCAAGGGAGAUUUUCUUGACCGCGGGGACGACCCCGCCACCAUGGGCAACAACCUCACGGCCGUUGAUCUCGGCACUGCGCCGUCCGGAAACGGUACAGCAGUAGCCGUCGCGAUAACGACGGGCCAGCAGUUCACCUGCGUGCUUGUGGAGGGCGGCGGCGUCAAGUGCUUCGGGCGAAACGACGAGGGCCAGUGCGGCCGCGGAAACCUGGACACGAACGUCGGCAGCAACGGUCUGGAGGACAUGGGCGACAACCUUCCUUACGUGGAUCUCGGUGCCGGUGUCCAGGCGAUAUCGGUAUCCUCGGGUACCGCUUCCACCUGCGCCGCUCUCCUGGGAGGCGGGGUCAAGUGCUGGGGGGGGAACAGCUACGGUGGCCUCGGGGUCGGGGACUCGUACAACGUGGGGGAUGAGGAAGACGACAUGGGAGACAACCUCCAGGAGGUGGACCUCGGAACCGGCGAGACCGGCUACUACGUUGCGUACGGCCUCCGACACGCGUGCGCUAUCCUGAUGGGAGGCAACGUCAAGUGCUGGGGGGACAACAGGUCUGGGCAGCUGGGCCUGGGGCACGUCGAUACAAUCGGCGAUGACCCCUCCGAGAUGGGGGAUGACCUGCCUUACGUCGAUCUCGGUGCAGGGAACACGGCCACGUCGCUGUCCCUAGGAGAGAGCCACAGCUGCGCCAUUCUGGGGGAUGGCAGCACCAGGUGCUGGGGCAAGGGUUUCGCGGGACAGCUGGGAAGGGGGGAGUACUACUGCCGGGGCAAGUACGUCGGUGAGAUGGGCGCGGGGCUGGCCGCGGUUGAUCUGGGCACGAAUGCGACGGCGUCUUUCUUAGCCGCGGGGGCGGACUUCACCUGUGCUGGGCUCGACGACGGCAGCGUCAAGUGCUGGGGUCUCAACGAGCUGGGUGCCCUUGGCCUGGGAGACACGGAUUCUAGGGGGGACGGCGCCGCCGAGAUGGGCGACGCUCUCCCUGCGAUCGAUCUGGGCACUGGGGUGACGGUGGCGUCAGACAUCGUAGUGGACGACCCUGCCACGCCUGCGCCGACCCUCGCACCGACGCCUUCCGCUACGUCGCAGGCGCCUACCUCCCAGCCGACACCUCAGCCGUCUACACAGCAACCCACGGUUGCUUCGUCGUCGGCUCCGGUCGCUUCCACUCUCGAGCCCACCUCAAGCGUGGCGGCGGAACCGACGGUGGAACCGACGGCAGAACUGAUAGCAGAACCAACAGAAGAACCAACAGCGGCAGAGUCGACGACGGAGGAACCGACGCCUUCGCCCACCGCAGGGUCCAGAGGAAUAGACACCGUCGAGGCGGCCAGCGAGGGCGGCGACGAGGGAGGAGUCUUCACGACGAGCAACAUGACGGUCACCGCGUACAUCGCCGUACCCCUGCUGGCCUUUGCGCUGCUGGCCUGCUUCUGCGCUCGCCGCCGUAACCGCGAGGCAAGUGGCGCAGGGGCGGGAGCGGUUGCGGGUACUGGGGGGGGCCGUGAGUCAUGGAUGAAGAGGGGAGAGUCCGAGGGCGACGGGGGACUUGGAGGGCACCUCGAUGCGAGACCGGCGGCGGCGGCGGCCGGUACUGCCGGCGGAACCACCGCCGGUGCAGGGAUGCGGGGACACAAGCAUGGGAGGGCGGACGUAGGCGGCGGCGCCGGCGCCAGUUUCGGCAGCAUCGGCAGCCAGCAGGGCGUGCCGGGGGCGAGGAUUUUCCCGGCUUCGGGCAGCUUCUCGCCGCACACCGCCUCGCCGGUGCCUCACGGGGGGAGCGGGGUCGUGAGCGACUCGAGCGGACCCGCGGGCACCGGUCGGAGCGCCUCUUCGCCGGGUGACGAGGAAGACAGGAUUGGUCCCCUGGACGGGCACGGCGGUGGCAGCAGGCGCGGGGGCGGCGUGGUAGACGACGACGAGCUCUCGGAAAACGGCUGGGGGUCGUACAUCGGGCCCGCCGAUCUCAAUCUACCGUCCUACGAGGAGCCGCAGCGCCGGUGACGAGUAGCGGCAGCAGCACCGAAACGUGGAGACUUACAUGUCUAUCGGUCAACCACGUCGGCUGACCAGGGGGAGGCAGGAGACGCGCAAAGCCAUGAAGGAGGCCUGAGGUGACCCCAGACUCGACUCGACUGCCCGGCAGGCGGGGGGGUGCCGGACACUACACUCGCUGCUGAUCAAUUGGAGAGGCGGGGAAGGAAGUGGAGGCCGUACAGCGGCCUAUUUCACCGAGGGGCAUCUCAACUACAGGGUAUAUUUCGUUUUUCUUGUGGAGAGCGUGUGUCGCGUUUUGAUGAUGCGCGUGGGUGGCGGACGUUUAUGUACGCAGUCUUGUUCUGCAGCGUCAAGAGCCGUGCUGUUACACAAGGCGUCGGUGUAGGCAGACCGACAGGCCGGGUUUCGAUUACAGCGAUGGAUGGAUUUGGGAUUGUACGUGUCGCCUUGCGGGCACCCGGGACAAGAGAUGGACCGCGAGGCGAGAUGGUCUUGGUUGUGAAUUUCUUGCCGGUGGUUGGUCGAUAACUUUGAAAACGUGAAUCUUUGUGAGUGGUAUGAAGUAUAUGUUCUUGGUGAGGGCGAGCAUCGAAUCGAACUUGUACGUGUAACCUUGAGGCUGGCCCGCCUUUCGGUGACGACUUCAAUAGGACGUGUGUGUUAUAUGCUACAACGAUGAAUUGAACGCGUUGGUGCAGGAGGAUCGUCAGCGACAAGAUGACACGCCGAGCUGUUUUGCCGACGCGGGGUCGUACCGAACUGCGACGCCAAAGAGAAAGCCGACAGCGUUCUCUCCCCAGUCCCGCCUCGAGCUCAAAUUGUGUCGCAGGAGGUGUUGGGAGGGCGAUGCAUCUCCUUAGGAUGUUAAUUUGGGUCCUAAAUGGCAGAGAAGAGUGCUUCGAAUUGUUUUGUUGUUAUUAUUGUUUCAGUUCUUACAUUUCGUCCACGUUAUCCCGCGUGGCAAACAAAAGUUUUCGUGUUCGAAGCACUGUAAAAUACAUUUACAAUAGUGUCGUCGGUUCAGGUGAAAUCGUCCCGACCUGGGGUAUGGGAAGUGUUUUGAUGCAGCCGGUACGGCUGCUGUUGUCGCGAUGGAGGAUUUAUUAUCCGGGGAGGGAUAUAUGUAGCGCUUGAUAGGCUCCGUCUUUUGCUGUCGGCGAGGGAGAAGAGUUUUCCCGCGUUUCUUGUAGGCAGCGCUCAUGAAGCUGUGGGGGUAGUGAUUUUGGGAGCUGAGGCCUGUGUUGUCAGUUUUUGUGUGUUUGCCUCGUUUGCUGUACAGUGCACCUUCACUGGUGCGCGCGACGUCUGAUCAUACCCACACUUGUUUCUACAGCCGAGAUCUUGAUUGUUCCAUGUCUUCCUGCGGUGUAAUUGGCUGAAUAGCGAUUUUUUUGUCCGAUGAUUGUCUUAAAUGUGGUCUUGAAACAUUUUUUCAUGUCCCUGUGGCGGCGGUUGAUGUUCGGCGGAUUCGUUUUUAUGUUGGUUCUUGUCGGACCUGUUCGUAAAAAGCACUGCUGAAUUGCACCUUUCCCACGGGGACGACAGCGACGCUCUGUCGUUGUUAUAUAUGUUUCUGUUCCAAGACUUGAGUAGUCAACGAGCCGUCCAGGGUUGGUGACGUGUGUUUUCUAUGUUGUUGUUGGCUAUCCCUGAUUGGCUCCGACCCGCGGUUUCCGACCCUCCCCGAACUACGGUUUGUCUAUCGUCGUGCGCGCUCAACGCGCUCUUGGAAUUUAUUCCGGUGUGAUUCCCGUCUGCGUUACCCCGUGCGGCCACGACGAGGAAACACAGCAAAAAAAAUGCUGGGCUCUUCUUCCAUCUUUAUCGGUUGCUCAUGCUUUUUUUGCCCUCGUGUAGCAGGGAAGGGGAGACAAGGCUCUUGUCUCUCCGCCCGCCGCGUGCGAACAAGGGGUGUCGACUUUCGGUCGUAAUAUUGAUUGUUGAUUCGUUGGCUGUUUUUUUUCGCUCGGAAAGACUGGAAGAUCGUCUCUUUCUUACGUACCUCCUCGCGAGGGUUUGGUUUUGCACCCCCUCUAGUGUUCCCUUGAGGCUGGCGAACUUUCGUUGUCCGGCUUUCUCUAAUACUCGUAGUAAGGAGGCAUUUUUUUGCCCUUCCCUAGAAUGAUUGCCGUCCGUUUCUAUCAUAAGUGUUCGUUAGAAGACUCAACACCUGGUGCUUUUGGAGGGGGGCGGGAGGGCGGAUUCAUCCUUUUUGUUUUCUUUUUUUGUGCUGCUCCUGUCGCGGGCGGUAGUGUUGAGUGGCUGCUGCAGCAGCAGAGCAGCAGCAGAAGCAGCACGACUGUGCUGUAUGUAAAAGGAGAGAUGUCGGUGUUUUGGCUGAAGAUGUUGGCAGGCGCGCGUGCCGAUUUUCCUUCUUCUCCGUUAGGCACCAUCUUUUCGGUCUAGCUGAUGGAUACAUGACUGUUUUACCGUAUCGACUUUUCGAUAUCAUGGUAUUAGUUUUAUGCCCGAGCCUGAGUGCAAUGUUCAGCUUGAUGACACGGAAACCUGUACGCGUAUGAUCCAAGGUUGUUUGUUUCACGAUGGACGGAUUGGUUACGCUCUACCCCCCGCCCGUCCUUUCGUCCCUCACUUGGGUUCCGAGGAAUCGUCUCUGUCUGGUAGUUACUUGACCAUGCCCACAUGUUUUUUCGAAUUUGUGUCGACCAUGCCCCUCCCCCCCCACACGUUCAUGUGACCUACAGCAUAUGCUGGUCUUGUGUUGAUUGAGCCUAGCAGUGUGUGACGGAGCCGUUAGAGGUGAAAAACAAACUCAUGGCCUCGACUGACAAUCGUCAUCUAUCUACGCGAGGUAAUCACUUGCGCGAGCAACGUUGGAUGGUGUUUGUUGUGUCUCGUGACGGGCGAACGGGGUCAAGAAAUUAGGUGGUGGCUGGCGUUAUGGACGGAUGUGCGUCCAUGUCUGGCGUUGCGUGCUUGUUUCCUUGACGGAAGCAAGCAUCUCGACCGCGCUACUACAGCUGGAUGUUUUUUAUGUGUGGUGGGUGUGUGGAAGGGAAAGUUCGCUGUCAUCGCCUGAAAUAACAAGAGCAGUGUCUGGGUUGGUUGCAGCUCCGAUGCAGUAUUCCGCUUCGCGAAGAAAGGUCGUCCGUCAACCGAUUGAGUUGUCGUGCCAGACAUAGUAUAGCUAGGGAGUGCGGGGGAGGGAGGCGUUCGAUAUUUUUGUCGUUGUUGGGUGUCCCUCGCUAGCGGCUAGUUCCCCUUCAUGUGUAGACUACCUUAUUUGUUCUGUUUUGGUCAUUUUUAUGCGAAAACGUCUUGAAAGCCCUGAAAACUAUUCGCCGCAAUGUGUCUUGAGCAGUCAAGUGAGAAAACUACGUGCCACCUUUCACUUUUCUUUUUGGUUGGAACAAGGGGGGGGAAGGGGGAGUGAUAUGUUGUUCUCGGGUGUAUGCAUGUGAUACAAUGUGGGUGUUUGUUCUUGUCUUUCUUGCCCGUUUGCGAGGUGGCGGUUUUGCCGUGGAAGGUGAAGGUUGUAUGGCUGGAGCGUUAUAGUAUAUUUUGCUUGUUGUUCGGUGUCAUCGUUACGUCAGUAGAAAAAAAUUGAAAUAUAUACUGUAAUACACAGUCAAGGGGUUGGAGACACACCGGGUGCGUGCUUGUUG